CGAACGCGUCUGUUGACUUCUCACCUGGUCUGUAACACUCUCCAACCUCUUCCAACCUUGACAUAAACAACUCAAAUUUGUAUCUGGUCACCUCACCACCUUGGGUGCACAUGCAUUUUCAUUCAGGUGCUGCAAACGUAUACUCAAAGAAUGACCAGCCUCCUCCAACAUGGAUAGGUAAAUGUUGUAGAUUGUUUCCUUCGCUAAUCAUUCUUCUUUGGUUCCAUCUUCAUCUCACACCCUGCUAAUCACAACAUCGUCACAUCUCACCGUCUCACUAGGCUCAUAAGAAACCUGAAUCCGCCGACAUGAGGGUACACAGUGUCAACACUGCCUUGUCGAUUUCAUCAUUAAUCUCCCUUUCUACCGCAUGGCCUGUCCUACCUAAUCUCCUCGAACGAAGACAGCCUGUCUCGUAUUCCGUUGUUGCUGUUGAUGGAGGCAAUUCUGGCUCCGAUGGAUCAGCAACGACUGUCACGGAUUCCAUUGUCCAUACCGAGACCAUCCUUCACACACAAUUGUCCACAAUCAUUAUCACCGAGUCUGAAACUCCCACAACCAUUGUGGUCACUGUCACUUCUGCAGUGCCCACCACAAUCACAGAACAAGCAGAACCUGCGACAUUAAUACAAACGGUCACAUUUGCACCCGAGACAACUGCUGAGCCCAGCCAACCUUCACCCGAGACAACUGUCCAGCCCAGUCGAUCUCGUCGGCCAGAGUCUUCAUCAAGUCCUCCACCUCCGCCUCCUGCUCCAGAAACAGUCACAGUCACACAGUAUGCGCCUUCUUCAAGAAAGUAUGAUGAUGGAAUGUGGCACACCGACUACUACUUUGAGGUCCCCGCCGAGCCAGAGACAAGUUCAAGCACCGACGCUUCUUCCGUAACUACUACGGAAACGAGGAGCUUUCACCCAACCACCACUCCUUGGUCUGCCUGGCAGGGACCUACUACCGAAAGCAGCUCCUCCUCGACCGCUUCUUCUACCUUGCCCUCAGAAACACAGCCUCUGGAGUCUUCGACGACAACCUAUUUAGGCCUAUGGGACCAAGAUGCGACAGUGAGCAGCUCAGCUCCAGGUCUAUCAACAACCUCAGUACAUGAUGUCGAUGGAGACUCCUAUUAUGUACCCACCACAACCACCACGACUUCAUAUCCUGCGUGGACCGACACCGCCCUCGAGAGCACUUCAAGUCCUAGCACCUCGACAACCACGUCAACCUUUGAGUUUGAUUCUGGGUUUUAUACUCCUUGGUCCAGCAAGGCAGUGGAUGCUCCAUCAACUACGUCAUCUGCGGAGCUCAUUUAUUCGUCCACAAGCACUGUCUGGUCAUCUCAAUUCUGGGGUGCUCCUCUCUCCAACGAUGGAUCUGUUCAAUCCUCCGUGACUCCAGUCGUGACCAUCGAGUUUGGUGGCAUCCCAACAACUACGUCGGAACCCUUUGCCGCCGUCACAUCCUCUUGAUUUAUUCCCCCAAGCUUAGAGCUUACCUUCCCGCGUCCCCACCCACAGGCACCGGUCUUCUCUUCCUACACUGAUACCCCCUCGUGAAACCUUUGGAUAACUUCAUGAUCCAACAGGCUUCCAUUUUUAUCCUGUUUUAUUACUUAUUCUGCUUAAAGCGUAGGCGCUGGUGGUCAUUGUGGUGCAUAUAUUGCAUGGAACGAUUCAAUAGCAGGUUGCUCCUUAGCGAGAUGGCCAUGUUUUAGAAUAUUCAGGAAUACUACAGAACUGAAACAAAGAUAGCCUGCAGCAGGAUGCAGAAUUCAUAUCAUUCAUACCUCUA